CCCGGCGGAGGCGGAGCCGCGCAGGACUCGGAGCCGCCGCCGCUGCCGGAACAGCCGCCGCCCGCCCGGGGCCAUGGAGGAGUUUCACCCCCACAACGACGAGAUGAUCUUCAAUGCUGAUGAGGCCCACAACAUAGUUAAGGAGUGCAUAGAAAGUGUUUUAGGCAAAGCAGAUUAUAAUCACAACAAAGUCAACCAGUGGACUGCUGCUAUAGUGGAACAGUCACUGACACAUCUGGUGAAACUGGGAAAAACAUACAAGUACAUAGUUACCUGUGCGGUGAUGCAGAGGAGUGGAGCUGGUCUUCACACAGCAAGCUCAUGCUUCUGGGAUACUACAACUGAUGGAACCUGCACAGUGAGAUGGGAAAACCGAACAAUGAACUGCAUUGUCAAUGUGUUUGCUGUUGCUAUUAUCCUGUAGCUGACUGGAAGAUAAAGAUAAGCAACACCGAAGCCUUUAAAAAAAAAAAUUAUCCAAACAUAUGGCUAAAUGUUUCAAGCUAUUAUUUUUUUCUGUAUGAGGAACAUACAGAAGUUCUCUACAGAGAGCAUACAGUCUAAGCCAGUUCUCAUAGAUUAAUUAUCUGAAAGCUAGCAAAAAAAUUUAAUUUAUAUAUAUAUAUGUAUCUAUCUAAAGAGAAAGUUUUAGUAAUUUAAAUAUUCAGAAGUAUGUUAAUGAGAAGAUGCCACAAAGAUUAAUACAAUUUAUGUCAAAGCUAAUAUCAAAGAUACUUUAUUCAAGAAGAACAAAACACAACAAAUCCAAUUAAGUGUCAAAAGGCAAGCAAGACCUCUCAGGAUCAUGGUGCAUUUGGGAACAAAUUACAAACACAAUUUGGAGUGGAUAUAUUAUAAACAAUACUGGUUCUUCAUGUUUGAUUAAACAAAGCUGACUUUCACUUUGAAUGCUGGUGUUUGUGAAAUUUCAGGAGCAUCAUGUUUUGAUCAAGCAUGAACAUUUACCCUGGCAUUAAAUCCAGUUAAGCUUUCCCCCCUGGAGGCAGAGGAGGACUUUACUGGCUGAAAUAUACCUAGUCCUAGCAGAGUUCUAAUUUGUCUUCAAAUGAAGAGCAUAAUAUUUGUUAGCAAUUCAGGGAAACGUGCUGGGAAUCUGACACCAGCCCUUAAUUCAUCAUUUAUAAAUCAAAAAACAUUCUGAAGGUACUUAAAUUUGAUUUUAUUCCAUGAUCGUGGAAUUUGUGACAAGCACUUUAUUGAUUCCUCAUGCAGCAGCCAGGACCUAGGGCAGUAAGACUGGACCCACAUCACUGCAAGUAGGAUUAAACUGUUUGGUGAGAGGCUCUUGUUUGCUUUGAAAGCAUUUAUCAGAGUAACAUAUCUGUUGUUUAUAAGAGUGUUUCCUAGGUUCCCUAAGUCUAGAAUUGGAUCUUAGUCCAAUGAAAUAAUACUGUUAAGUUUUGAGCACUAAGAGUUCCCCUCCUUUAAAGAUUUAUGCAAGUUCUUAACUUUGCUCAUCUGAUGAGUCUUAACUUGAAAUAUUCCACGUGGAAGAAAAACAUUUGCACACACGGAAGUAUUUGCCAGAUUGGGGCCUACAUUUUUGUUCAUUAAUGCACAAAUUAUAUGAUAAAGAGAUGUAUUGAUACCAAAAAUGCCUAAAUGAGUGCUGCCACUAAGUGGCAGCUGCAUUAAGUUGUUUUCUCAGAUGCUGCUUAUGAACAGAAUUUUUUCUUUGUAACUGUAUGUCUUUGGAAGAGACUGGUAACUAUCUAACAGCUACUGUAAGGCUGUUUUGGAUUUCAAGAAAUGAAUAUUAAAGCACUACUACACAGUUCUGUUUGAUUUGUUUUUUUUUUUUUUUUCAGGUAAUUUACUAUUAAGGCAUGUAACAAAUGUCCUGUACAAAGAACAAGCUAAAAAAUAUUGCUUAAAUUGUGUGUACAUAUAACUAGUAUGACACUACAGAAGGAACAUGUGUAUAUGUAAUUCACAGCAUUGUUCAAAAUGUUUUGCUUUGCAGACAAAUUAAGUUCUGCUUUUACCUGAGUGCAAGUAAAAUUAGGACUGUAUUACUGCAUUGGCCUAACAGUGUAGUAUGAAAAUGUGUGUGUAUGUCCUACUGACCUUCAAACCUAGAAUUAUUAAACACUGUUUGGGCUGGGACAAAUUUCUGAACUAUGUGCCACCAUCCAAGAGCUGAGAUGUGGAACUGACAAAAAUGCAGAAGUUUCAGUGAUAUUUGGGAUUGUGCAAAGUGGAAAAAAAUACAUGGGGUAGAAACUGGAAAAAGUUUUGGUACAGUUAAUACAGUUUAGGAAGUGGGUGUGUAAAAAUAGCGGUGGCUUUUAUCCCCAUUUAAUGUGCAUUCAGGUGCCAUGGUCAGAGAAAUCAUCCACAUAGCACUUGUAAUCUCAUUUGGUAUUUUUGUUUUACUUGAAAACAAGAUGUGCUGAGUAAGACUAUCAGUUUAAUGAGGCUUGGUGAAGGUCCUGCUGCAGAAGAACCCUAGAAAAUACUGCUUAAUUGUAGGACUGCUUCAUUUUAAUUUAUACCAAAAAAAUAAAGUUUUGCCUUAGUUGUA